AGUAUACAUUUCCGAAUCGUAUUGUAGAGUUAAUACGCCGGGCGAAAUGAAUUUUAGUACGCCGAAACAUAUAAGAAGAUCUCGUCGCUUUGAUCUUAAUGCUAGUGCAUCUGGAAAAAAUCGCACAUUACUUUCGACAACUAAAGAUGUGAAUAAUAGCUUCUCCUUCUCCUUUCCCGCUACUCCGUUAUCGACCUCACUGAAACCCCGUCAAACCUCGAGCAAAUAUAAAUUAGAGCCUCGAGUAUCAGGAUUUCCACCAAAAGUUCAAGAUUUUGUUUCAGGAUGUUUUUUGGAAGAUCCCUCGUAUCUAUCAGCAUGUAUAAAACCAGAAGGAUUCACAUAUUUCGCUUAUAGAGAAAGACUUUUAAUAUAUUCCAUAAACAAAAACAAUAUCACAGAUAAAAUAUAUGAGAUAAGUUUUCCGAAAAAUUCCUUUUCUGUUCGAACAUCCACUGACUUGGUCUCAAUCUUGGAUGAUGGAGAUGGAGCAAUUUCUUGCUUUCUGGCAACCCCUGGAGGUGAAAUGAGAUACUAUAAAGAUAUCCGUAGACCAGAAGAAUUCGUGGACACAAACAUGGUAAUACCUAACACCGUGUUUGUCAACCUCAUUGGAUUUGAGGAUGGUUUUUACGUUAUAGCGUCACAAAACGGAAUGCUAUACCAACUCCAGGCUAACGAAAGAGAGAUUAUCUACAAACAACUUGGUGGAGGACGAGGUAUGUUGCGGGGUAUUGGAAGACGGAUGUCAUCCCUCCUUUUUGGAGCAGCAACCAGUACUGAAGGAGCAGAACCCUUGAUUCAAAUGGUUUUGGGAGAAGAGUCUUCUCACGAUCUACAUACAUUCUACUUGUUGGCUGGAAGACAGUUGCAAAAGUGGUGUGUUGGCGGUUCGAGUCAAAUGUUGUACAACUGCGAUGUAACUGCGUGGUUUAAGGAAGCAAGUGCUCGCCAGAUAUGGAAUAAUGCAGCGGAUAAUUUGCCAUCUCUAAAUGUAUGCUUAUUGGAUAUGAAUUACUCUACUGACGCCGUUGUAAUUUUAGCGGCUUGCUGCAAUGAAGAUGUAUCAGACGAUGUCUAUCUGCUUUUAGGAUCAAUUCAUACUCAUGGCAAUGAUGCGCCCCAAAGCUUCUUGAACGUUUACCACUGCGAUCAAAAGUUGACAAUAGAAGGUGCCAUUAAUAGAAAUACUAUCCGAAAGAGAUUGUCAGCACCUGAUUCACAAUCCUCAGCCUAUCUUAUAGAUUCUAAAACGCUUCUUUGCGUUCCCAAUGGUAAAUAUGGUAGAGUUGAAUGUGAAACUAUUGAAUUUGUUUCUGAAGAUUUGAUUGGAUUUGGGAUUUUUGACCAACAUACCAUCCUUGUUGAUAAAAAUCGAGGUUUUGUAACUAUAAAAGAAGCUUCGCAGAGUAACAAUAUGAUGAAACCAGACUUGAAUAAUUCAUCUUUCUAUAAAAAAGAUGAAUCUCUUCCACCAAAUAUGCCGAGUGUACGACAUUUGAAAGAAUUAAGUCAAAGAUCAAAUAAAAUUGAUAAAUUAAAGGCCGCAUUUUACUUUUUUGUCUCUGGAAAUAGGACUGAAGCAAUAAAACUCCUCAAAGAUCUUAGACAGCCGGAAGAAGCUUUAGAUGGAGUUAUAAAGUCUCUUGCUGAAAGUUUUAUUGACGCUGCACCUCUUUCUGAUCCUCGUUGGGCUGAAGCUUUAAACCAACAAGUUGAGGAACAACAAGAAGGAAGAGUUAUAUUAGUUAAUCAGUUACAAGAUAAACUUAAAGUUUUGGAGUCUUUUAUAUCAUUUUUGAAUAAUUCUGGAAUAACCGAAACUUUGACAACCUUGAAUACUGAGAAUGGUCCAAUACUUACCAUCAUCCUUUUACAAGAAUUGGGUGAAAAAUUAAUGUCUGCGUUUCAUUUCGCAUCCGUGCAACAGCAUUCAUCGUAUCGGGCCAUAAUGGAACAUGCUAUUGCAAUUUGUGUUGAAGGAAGAAAAGAAGCCCUAAACAUUCCCAAUUUAAGACAUGUUGACAUAUUUUAUCGAGAAGUCUCCCGACUAGAUUGGAUAUUUACUGUUUUAGUUGAUAUUAUUGAGAGUAAAUUAGAAGUUGAUGAAGUACCCAAAAUGGAAAUAUUAACAACGGCUUCCUCCAUAGCCGGUAUUAUGGAGGGAGCUUUACAAGAAGCGAUUCAAUAUAGAAAAAAUAAAAGUUCUCUAUACCGUUAUAAUCAAAUCUCUAACGAUGAAAUUUCAUAUUUUUCUUGGUUGGAUCUCGAGAAAGAACAAUCUGUCAUUCAUGCUCUUGAAAGAAUGAUAAACUUGUUAUGUAGAUCUGUAUUAGCAAGAGUUGAAACUGGCACUGAGAGUAUGAUGAUAAUACCAAAGAUUUCAUCCUUAACCGAUAUACUUUUAUAUGCUUACAAAUCACAUUUAAAUCGAAUCCCGAAUACUUCAAGUGAUUCAUAUAAAAUGUUUCAACGUAGAUUUGCAGAAAAGCGGUACAACAUACUCAAGCUAUUUCCUCACGGGUGCGAGCAGUGUGCUAUUAUAGCUGAAAAGUAUGGUGAUUAUAGAAUAUUAAUUGAAAUUUGCGAAAAGAAUGAUGAUAAAUGCCGAUUAGAGAGAUAUAUACAACAAUACUCCAAUAAAAAUUUUAUCGAAUUUGUUUUCAAAUGGUAUUCAGAACAAGAAAAAGUUGGAAAACUUCUUUCAAUUCCAUCUUUGGCACACCAUCCAGAUUUACAGGCAUUUUUACAAAGUGAAAAGAAUAAGCAUUUGGGUUGGCUUCAAGAAAUCAAAACCAACUCAUUCAUUAAAGCACAUAAAACUUUACACGAACUAGCAGAUGCAGAAAUUGAUUCAUUACCCAAAAAAAAGACCCUUUUGAGUUUGAGUAAAUUGGCGGCACUCGCUGACUUUGAAGUUUGUUCAAAGAGGAAUGUAGAAGAAAGUAUUGAGCGUAUAAAUAAAAAUUUGGAACUGAUUCUAAAUCAGGAAACUUUGCCAAGCUGCCUUAUUGAAAAUUUGGGAAUGGAUAGAAAUAAUAUGAGAUGUUUAUCAGCCGAAGAUAUGAUAAAGUUUUGCAUCUCCGAUCUGAAUGAAACUGCUUGCGAAGUUGACUUUAAAAAAGCUUUAGAUUUACUUCAAUAUGUCGAUCCAAAUUAUGUUAAUAGAGAUGAGAAAAUCGAAGUAUUAAAAACGUCUAUAUGGGCGAGGGUCAUUAAAGCUGAUAAUUGGACAAGCUUCAAACCUGACGAUAUAAUAAAUAGAAUAAGAGAGACUGUAUUUUUCAAGACAAUAGAAUUGUCAAUUGGUCAAGGAGCCGAUCCAUUCUUUUUAUUAACGAAAAAAGAAAAUCUAUUGAACUCUGAAGAUUUACAGACUAUGUCAUCGGAUACUUCAUUCCAAUACGCUCUUACAGUAGCUUACGAAUAUAUUCAAACUUUAUGUGAAGGUUCAAUUAAUGCUAUGCAAGUGAACUAAUUUUGAAACUCAUUCAAUGUAUACCUUUUUUUAUGAAAGUUUAGAAGGUUCUUAAGUCGUAUAUAUUUGUAAAAAGGAGACAAAUAAAAACAAAUUAGUUGAUCAAAUUUCACGUUAUCCGUCGAUAUUCAUGUUUUUGAAUAUUUACAUAUACAUUUAUAUAUACAUGUGUAUGUAAAUAUGAAAUACCAAAAGAAACAUGGCUACCUUCAAUUAUUUCCCUAA